GGCUUACACUGAAAGAAACAAGUGUCAAGAGCUUCUUGAAAACUAAAUGCUACCUUUUAUCCAAAAAAAAAACAUUCAUUAUCCAGCUCCUAGAAAUGAUCCAACCAAAAUUGCAAACUGCAAUAAUAGCAUGGGUAGAAAAGUGGAAUAAAAUAGAUAUGAAUUACCUCAAAAGUUGUAUUUUUUUUUUGAUGAAUCAUGUUUCAAUAUCAAUAUAAGAUCUCCAGGAUGAUGGUUUAUUAAAGAUAUACUAGCUAUUGUGGUCACUCCUAGUACCAGGGAAGUAUCGCAUACGGUUUUGAGGGAUGUAAUUUUAGCAAAAUAUGACGUGCCAAUGGAGCUUCGGAAUCCUCAGAAUCACUCAUUAGAAAGAAUAAAAAUUGAUAUCUGUAAUCGCAAAAAAGGAAAGCGCCAUAUAAACUAAAGAAGCCUAUCUCCAAAGGUACUAUCACAGACCACUAUAUGAAUUUUAUUCAAAAAAAAAAAAAUGGAUAAAAUAGAUUGCAUCCUGGAAAUGGAACGAUACGGUAUAGUAAAGAAUAAUGCACCCAUUCAUACCAUUAAUGAAAUUGACGUUAUGGUAACAGAGAAAAGAUAUAAGCGCGUUUAUUUCCUUCCUUAUUCAUCUGAGCGUAACCCUAUUGAGUAAUUUAAGUCCAUAGUUAAAAUAAGGCCAAACGUAAUCGAUUUCAGAACAAGAAAGAUUUAUUUAUAAGAAUAACUAAGACACAUAAUACUGUUCCUCCCAAGCGUUUGUUUAGUACUCAGUAAAUAUAUUUAAAGAAUGAUUGAAGGAUAAUCUAAUUUAAUAAAAUUCUCUAUACUUUUGGAAAAAAAAAAAGAGAAAAAAAAUACCAAUUAGGAUUUAAAGAAGCCGCCCUUUGAGACUUCAAAAAAAAAAAGCCGAUUCAAAGAACAAUUCACCUCUAGUAACUCUUAUUAUUAUGAAUUAAUGAAGUAUUUUUUUUCUUAAAUUUUAAUUCUAGAUAGAUUUACUCAAGGAAAAC